UUUGAACGCGUUGGAUGUGUGGGUGUGGCGGUGUUGAGCUCAAAGUCAAAGUGCGCUGCUGUGACUCUAUAAUCACACACACUCACAUCACACAACCUAUCGAAGACUUUACCUUUGUAAAUUUAUCCUAAUUCAUCUUUUUCCUAAAAACCAUGGGUGUCACCUUCUCUAAAAUCAUGGCUCUUCUCUUUGGGAAAGACCCAGUAAGGUUGCUUAUGAUUGGUCUGGAUGCAGCAGGAAAGACCACAAUCCUCUACCAACUCAAACUUGGUGAAGUUGUCACAACCAUUCCAACUAUUGGUUUUAAUGUGGAGACAGUUGAGUAUAAAAACAUCUCAUUCACUGUUUGGGAUUUGGGGUUUCAGACCAAAUUACGACCCCUGUGGAAACAUUACUAUAAAGACUGUAGGGGUUUGAUCUUUGUGGUGGACAGCAAUGAUCUUGAGAGAAUCGAGGAAGCAGCAGAAGAACUCAAUAGGAUUCUCCAGGAUGAUGAGUUGCGAGAUGUUGUUGUGCUUGUACUCGCUAACAAGCAGGAUUUACCCAAAGCCAUGACAGUUCCUGAGCUGACAGACAGAUUGGGUUUACAUGCACUCAAAAACAGACAGUGGUACAUUCAGCCAACCUCUGCUGUUCAAGGAUCAGGUUUAUAUGAAGGACUGGAUUGGCUCUCUGAUCAGCUGACCAAACGAUAACAAUGUGAAACUUGAUUCUCUGCUGUUAGUGACUUGAAUUGAAUACAGUGCACAAGAUAACUUUCUCAAAUCUGAAUUAUACUUGAUACAUUUUUACUGUAUAGUGUACUGUUAUUUUACUACUGUAUAUACUGCAUAUCAGUCUCAAACUAUUUUUUUAUAUAUUUUAUAUAUAUUAAAUAACCAACUAGUUUGUAAAUUUUUUUGUGUCCUGUUAUAGUGUAUAAAGUAUAUUGUUAAUUCACAACUGUAUUGUUUUAUAUAUUUAAUAUAUAAAUAAAUACAUUUUGUUAUAUUAAAUGUUUUGCCUGUGUUAAU